AUGAGGACCGAGGAGGAGGACUGGGAGAUGACCGAUGAGGAUGAGGAGGAGAGAUGGGAUGAUCAACGGGGAGUUGGGAUGGUUUAUAUCGUCAUCGUCCAGUCUAUGAAGAUGGUGUCUGGACUCUGUGACCGGGGACGGCAACUCGGGGCGAUAGGAUGGAUCAUGGCGACAUUACUCGCAGUCCUUGCCAACAUCACCGUCUCUGGAUAUGUCAAGGCCAACAACAACAACAACAACAGGCAGGGGGGAACUCCUAGCCGUGGGGGAAUACCACCUUCCAAGAGGGAGCAUCGUGCAAUAGCAAGGCUGCCUGUCGCGACUCCAUAUCGCGCCGACAAGGACGAUGAUACUGCGCGUCAUGAUUCGAGAGAACAGAGGGGCUAG